AUGGAAGAAAAUCCACUCGGGUGUAUUAUUUGUAAAAAUGUAAGUUUUGUCUAGAACCUCAUUUUGUUUUUGGAAAAUUCUUAAAAAAUGGGAGACUUGGAACUUUUCGAACAAAAUCUUCAUUGAAGGUGGAUUUUCGAGUUUCAGACGUCAGCCAUUUUUUUUAUAUUUUGUUAUUAUCGUACUUAUCGAUGGGUACAAUUUUCGUUUCAAAAUUUAAUUCAUCUAUGAAAUUAUAAAAGGAUUUUGUCUCGAAUGGUCUAAAACUUCUAGAAAAACUCGUUUUGAAGCAUCUAAAAUUUUAUGGAAUAAUUUUAGAAAAAAAUUCCUUAUGUGUUUCAAAAUAUCCUAAAUCAUUCAAAAUGUUGAAUUCAAGAAGCUAUUCGCUUCCGAAAGUUGCCAAAGAUUUACAAAGUUUCCAGAAUCCGAAAUUCACAAUUUUAUCUCUUUUGGUCGAUACAAUCAAUUAUUCAGUAUUUCAGAAUUUCUAAAACUUAGGCACACUAAUCUACAGUAAUCUUACUCACCAUUCUCAAAAGGAAUUAGCAUCUAGAAAUAACUGGUUUUUUCUUCUUUAAAUGAUUAAAAAAAUAUCAGAUAAGGGACGUGAUGUAUGAUUUUUCCGAUUAUAACCGUGUUUAUUCUUUCUUGCUUUUUUAGGAAUUAUCAGAACCUCUAUUACUCUCCUGUCAUCAUACAGUAUGUCGUCGAUGUCGUCCAUCAAAUUCAACAUCUUGUUCUCGAUGUCAAUCAUCUCGACAAUCAACACCAUCUACUUCCCGAACUGUAACACCGCAACCUGAUAAAAUUGCCGCAUUUUUACUCGAUGCUUCGAAAGAAGAAAUUGAAGAAUGUGCAAAUUGUGAGAAAUUAUCUCUUCCGAUGUUUUAUUGUGAAACUUGUCAACAAAGUUUGUGUUUGAAUUGUAGACAAGCAACACAUCAAGCAAGAAUGUUUUCAUCGCAUAAAAUCAUAAAUUCGGAUGAGAGAAGCAAAGUUUAUGGAAGUUCUUUGUGUAAAGAACACGGUGAACCAUAUAUUUUAUAUUGUUCGGAUGUUCGGAAACUUGUAUGUAUUCAAUGUUUCAAUGGUCGACCAUUGGAAGAACGACACAGUUUUAUAUCAAUUGAUCAAGGACAUCGAAUGUGUUUGGAAAAAAUCGAACAAUCGGCAGCUAAACUCAGAUUCUAUCAGGUUUGAAAAUUCUAUUGAAAAUUUUAUUCUUAAAAAAUACGUAUCAAUUUUAGACAGAAAGGUUGGAAGAGCUCGGUGUCCGUCAGCGAAUUUUAGAGCAAAAUGAGGCUAAUUUCGAAGAUUCCAAAAAAUCAAUCUUUCAAAUUUGCCAACAAAUCACUGAUACAGUUAUGACAACUAGAGAAAAAUUAAUAAGAGAACUCGAAAAACAGAAAAAUGUGUCUGGUGAACAAUGUGCAAAACAAAUCAAGGAUAUCGAGGCAAUUUUAAGUCCAGUUAGGCUAUGUUUAUUUUCGUCGCAGAUUAUGUGUACGACGGCGAGCAAAUUGGAUGUUUUACAACUGUGUGGACAACUUCAAAAAAGGAUACAUGUUAGUGAAAUUAUCUUGUUUUUGUGAGAUAAUAAUGAUUUUAUUUUGUAACUUAGGUUAUUCUGGAUAAAACAAUUGACAAACUUCCAUCAACAACAGCUCCAGACAAUUUAGAAGCUCGAAGUGAGUUGGCAAAAGCUCUCGAACCAUAUCUUGGUUUAAGUGCUGCUUGGUGUCCAAUAAGUGCAUCUCGCGAAAAUUCGAAUAGUUAUAAACGUGGAUCAAUGCCAAUGUUAUCGAAAUUCCAAACAACUAUUGAUCUUGCUGGAGCCUUUGGACAACUUUUCGGAAGAGUUGAACGUAAGAAACAUUUUUAUUGAAUAUGAAGAAUGUGAGAGAAAAUAAUUGCAGAUCCUCUUCGAAAAUUGAUUGGCGAGUUAGCUGAAACUGGUCAACAAGUUUUGGAAACUCAACGGGAUUUGACAACUAGACGAUGUUUAAUCGAAAAAGAUUCGGUGGAUAAAUUGAUCGGAAUGUAAGUUGGGAACUUCUGGAACAAAAAAAUGAACUAUCAGUUUUUUUUAGUUCCAAAAGAUUGGAAGCUGAACUUGGAAUGCAUUCUGCUGCGCUUGAUGGAAUGCAAAGUGAGAUGCAAGAAAUCUGGCAGGAGCAACUCGAUCGUGUUCGUCGACAACAAAUAAUUUAUCGCGAAAAAGUUGGAGAAGUCCUAUCUCUCCGCGAAACGGCUAGACAAGUUUUAACAGCCGCCAAACAACUCGCUCCAUAUGUUUUGUGUAUUUUGAGUAUGAAUCAGAUGAUUGAUCCGAAAAGAUGUCAUCCACCAGAUCCAGCACCAAUGGAAAGUAUUUGUCUGGAAAUCACUGGAAUUGAACCGAAUAGUGAGAGUAGAAUUCAGGCGAUUGAAAAAGAAGAGGAAAAUAGACGAAUUAAUCAGGAAGCAAAGAAAAAAGAGGAAAUGGCUGGACCUAUGGAAGUUGUAAAAUCUUUGAAACAUGGGAAAAUUCGGAGAAAAGAUGGAGGACAUCGGAAUAUGGUGAAUAUGAAUCGAGAAAGAAGUCCAGGAGGAACUGAUGUUGCUUUGAUUAGUCCAUGUUUCAAGAGAAUGUGAGUUGAAAAUAGUAGUAUACAUUUUGAUUGGUUCAUACCCGGAAAAUUCAGACUUUGGAAAAAAAAAAGUUAAAUAUUCUGAUUGGACUGAAAAAACUAUUUCUAUUUAAAUGAAGAUCAGUCAAACACAUCUAUAAUGUUUUAGUUUGAAAUCUAAAAAUUAUUUCAGUUCGACAGCCAGUCUAAAAGAAGAAACAAGCUCCGAAUUAGAUGCUGAAGAAUUUCUUGAUUUUGAUUUCAUGACAUCUGGUCCACAGGAUGAUGCUGAUGCAACAAUGUUCGAAGAAGAUCGUUGUAGUUCAGCACUUCAAUUACCUCUCGAAAAUCUUCCAUCACUCGAUCAACUUCUGGGAAGAAUUCCGCUAGCAACACGGGUCACUUCGGAUGUUGGUAUGUUGUUUCAAAAAUCAUUGAUCCAUGACAAAAAUCUUUUGUUCAGGCGUUUGUCGCGGGGCGAUGCUACAAUCUUUGAAUGAUGUUUUCGCGCAACAAAAGUCACCCGUUCCGGAACAUAUAACUGUUUCGGAAGAGCGGAAUGUUCUCGCAUCGGCUGUCAGAGAUUCGGAAAAGCGGGGAGGAGGGAUUCCACCGCCAAGAAAAGAAGAACCACCAAAAAAUGAAGUUGACGUUCAAGAGAAGACCGAAAAGGAGAAGGUCACUAGAAAACGUGUUAAAAAAGAAGAAAUUCCACAAUCUUCGCCAUCAAAUAUCCCAGAAGUUCCAUUUAUUCCACAAGAGAUUUUUGAAAAAAUCGACGAAAACCAUCAAUUGGGAAGUUUUGAAGCAAAAGAAAGAAUGUUGCAAUCUUUGAAAGAGAAGAUACGCUUAGAAAAAGCCGAAGAAGCAUAA